AUGAACAUGACGAAGAUGUCCAUCCUGAUGCUAUAUCUGCGCAUUUUUAUCCAGCGUUGGUUCCGGAUAACCUGUCAUGUGCUCUUGGUUAUCAUCACCUCCUAUAUGGUGGCCACCUUCUUCGCCUCCGUAUUUCAAUGCACGCCAGUGGCCCGGGCCUGGAACAAGACCAUUCCAGGAUCAUGCAUCAACAUAACCACUAACUGGUAUGCCAACGCCGGCUUCUCAAUCGCUACCGAUAUCAUCAUAUUGACGCUACCGAUGUACCCGCUCUACAAAUCGAAAAUCCGGUUGAAGCGGAAAAUCGCCUUGAUGGGUGUGUUUGCCCUCGGCACCUUUGUCGCGAUUACAAGCAUUCUCCGGAUGCAGACGCUGGACUUCUCGUCCACCAGUCCUGACAUUACCUAUCAUGGGGCCAACAGCUAUGGAAGCUCGGCUGCCAAGGACUCGGAACCUAACACCACUUCGCGUCCCCGAAGCAACUGGACGCAGCUUCAUGCGUACCCUGAUCCCAAGGGCAUCAGUAUGGACCAAACCAGCGAUUCCCCAAACCGCUCAUCGGAAGAUAGCGUGGGCGAGGGCGGUGAAUCCCAGGAUCAAAUCGAAAACGGCAUCACGAAGGUCACAGAAUAUUAUGUUUCUUAUUCUAAUGCGAAAUCGCUUCGAGGCAAAUAUAUCCCUAGGGCCGAAUAG